AACCCUAAACUCGAUUCAUCUCUCGUGUUUCCCACCACCUCUCGUCUCCUGCGUCGCCUCUUGCAGGCGCUUCACCCUCUCCCACCCUCGUCUCUCUCUCUCUCUCUCUCUCUUCUCAGUCGGUGAGUUCUCUCCCUCUCUCUCAAUAGAAAGUAGGACUAUAUGAUCUAAGGGAACAAUGAGGUUGGAAAAGUGCUGGUUUUGUUCCUCUACUGUAUACCCCGGACAUGGGAUUCAGUUUGUUCGCAAUGACGCAAAGAUUUUUCGAUUCUGUAGAUCCAAAUGCCACAAGAACUUUAAGAUGAAGAGGAAUCCUCGAAAGGUGAAGUGGACUAAGGCCUAUAGGCGGUUGCGUGGAAAGGACAUGACACAGGACUCCACUUUUGAGUUUGAGAGAAAACGAAAUAGGCCUGAGAGAUACGACAGGAGUCUUACAGAAAACACUCUGAAGGCAAUUAAGAAGAUCGAUAAAGUCAGAAUUGAGAGAGAGGCCAGACACCACAAGAAUAGGAUGAAGGGCAAGAAUGUCAAAGAGCAAAAUGAGAAAAGGAAAGAGAUUGACCAUAGCCUCCACUUGGUCAUAUCUCCGAUCGCGCAACAGCAAGAGCCAUCACUCGUCAAGGUUUCCCAACCAUAUCUCGAGAAACACGUUGCCAUGGAGGAGUAAAUUUAUUGUUUCAGCAGUCAUGGUUUUAUCCGUCUCUUUUGCAUCCACAGUUCCAACAAGUAGCAAGACGAUUGUUUCUGUGUGGAUUGAAGUUUUGGAUCCCGUUUUCCUUCUCAUGAAUUUGUAGCGUCGGAUCUAAAUUAUGUUCGUCGAGCCCCAGGUCUGUUGUAAAACGUUUAUAACAAGAUAUUCUAUAUGUAAGUUUUUGAAUUUAUGGUCCAACAGUUUUGGGACUUUAUACAUUUGAUUUGAGUAGUUAAAUUUGCCUAGGGAUUGCGUCAA